AAUGGCUUAUCCCUCCCAACUAGGUUUUCAAGACGCAGCAUCACCUGUAAUAGAAGAAUUACUUCAUUUUCAUGAUCAUGCAUUAAUAAUUGUAUUUCUGAUCAGCACCUUAGUGCUUUAUAUUAUUGUAGCCAUAGUAACUACUAAACUAACAAACAAAUUCUUAUUAGACUCACAAGAGAUUGAAAUUAUUUGAACUGUUCUUCCUGCAAUUAUUCUUAUUCUAAUCGCCCUCCCAUCACUACGAAUCCUAUACCUUAUGGAUGAAGUGAAUGAUCCUCAUCUAACAAUCAAAGCAGUUGGACAUCAGUGAUACUGAAGUUACGAGUAUACUGAUUAUGAAGAUUUGGCCUUCGAUUCCUACAUAAUCCCAACUCAAGACCUUACGCCAGGUCAAUUCCGACUAUUAGAAGCAGAUCACCGUAUAGUAAUCCCAGUUGAAUCACCUAUUCGAGUAUUAGUAUCUGCAGAAGAUGUACUCCACUCAUGAGCAGUCCCUUCUUUAGGGGUUAAAAUGGAUGCAGUACCAGGACGACUUAAUCAAACAGCUUUUAUCACAUCACGACCAGGCGUGUUUUAUGGACAAUGUUCAGAAAUCUGUGGUGCUAACCACAGCUUCAUGCCUAUUGUAGUAGAAGCAGUACCAUUACAACAAUUUGAAAACUGAUCAUCUCUAAUACUUGAAGACGCCUCGUUAAGAAGCUAAACAGGACCUCAGCGUUAGCCUUUUAAGCUAAAAAUUGGUGACUCCCGACCACCCUUAGCGACAUGCCUCAAUUAAAUCCCACACCUUGAUUAAUAAUUCUCCUAUUUACAUGAUUAGUUUUUACUAUCAUUAUUCCACCUAAAGUCAUAGCACACAAAUACCCUAAUGAACCAAAUGUUUUAAGCAGUAAAACAUUAAAAACAACCCCUUGAAACUGACAAUGACACUAAGCUUUUUUGACCAAUUUAUUAGUCCCAUAUUUUUAGGUAUCCCACUAAUAGCUUUAGCUAUUUUACUACCUUGAAUCAUAUUCCCAACCCCCUCUUCUCGUUGGAUAAACAACCGCCUCCUUACAUUACAAAACUGGUUUAUUAAUCUAUUCACAAAACAACUUCUACUUCCCUUAAAUACUUCAGGUCAUAAAUGGGCACUAAUCUUAGCCUCAUUAAUAAUCUUCCUGAUUUCUUUAAAUAUACUCGGACUACUUCCUUACACUUUCACUCCUACAACUCAACUCUCCUUAAACAUAGGACUAGCUGUACCAUUAUGACUAGCAACUGUUAUUAUCGGGAUGCGAAACCAACCCACACACUCCUUAGGCCACCUAUUGCCAGAAGGCACACCUGUAUUACUAAUCCCUGUGCUUGUUAUUAUUGAAACAAUUAGCCUAUUUAUUCGGCCUGUUGCCCUGGGUGUUCGACUAACAGCAAAUUUAACCGCGGGGCACCUAUUAAUCCAGCUUAUUGCAACAGCAGCAUUUGUCCUUAUACCCCUAAUACCCACAGUGGCAUUACUAACAACAAUUUUAUUAUUCUUGCUUACAUUAUUAGAAGUAGCUGUUGCUAUAAUUCAAGCUUAUGUAUUCGUAUUACUACUAAGUCUUUAUUUACAAGAAAACGUUUAAUGGCCCACCAAGCACAUGCAUACCACAUAGUAGACCCAAGCCCCUGACCCCUUACAGGUGCAAUCGCAGCCCUUCUAAUAACUUCAGGGUUAGCUAUUUGAUUCCAUUUUAACUCAACUAUUCUAAUAACAGUUGGGUUAAUCUUACUGCUUUUAACAAUAAUCCAAUGAUGACGUGAUAUUAUCCGAGAGGGGACAUUCCAAGGGCACCAUACCCCCCCAGUACAAAAGGGGUUGCGAUAUGGUAUAAUCCUAUUUAUCACCUCAGAAGUUUUCUUUUUUCUAGGAUUCUUUUGAGCUUUCUACCACUCUAGCCUGGCCCCAACCCCAGAACUAGGCGGUUGUUGACCCCCUUCUGGAGUUAUCACACUUGAUCCUUUUGAAGUGCCUCUACUUAACACAGCAGUUCUACUUGCCUCUGGUGUUACAGUAACUUGAGCUCACCAUAGCAUUAUAGAAGGUGAACGAAAACAAGCCAUCCACUCACUCACCCUGACUAUUCUCUUAGGUUUCUACUUUACGUUCCUUCAAGCGAUAGAAUAUUAUGAAGCCCCCUUCACAAUCGCUGAUGGCGUUUAUGGAUCAACAUUCUUUGUAGCGACAGGAUUCCACGGAUUACAUGUUAUCAUUGGAUCAACAUUCCUAGCAGUUUGCUUAGUCCGACAAAUUCAAUACCACUUCACAUCACAACACCACUUUGGGUUUGAAGCUGCCGCAUGAUACUGACAUUUUGUAGAUGUUGUAUGAUUAUUCCUUUAUGUCUCAAUUUAUUGAUGAGGAUCUUA